CUAUGAUGAAUGAUGGGCCUUAACAAGCCUCUUGCAAAGUACAAAUGAAAAGAAAAAAACCCGCAAAGAACAACAUUUUGAAGCCAAAAUCCGGCAACCUCCCUAUUCCGCGUCCAUGGAGAAGAAAAAUGGAGAUUCCAGAGCAUCAUCAGUCGCUAGCCUAGCCACCACCGCCGAUUAACUCGAUUAUAAUUUCUCUCUUUUAUUCAUUAUUAUUAUCAUCACAGGACCAACCGAUCGCCACUUCCUUUAUUAGUUUUUGGGGCAGUAUGGAUGGGAAUAAGAGGAAUUUUUUUAAGAAAUAUCAAAACAAUCAAUUCAAGCGGAAAGGGGUUACCAGAAAAGGAAAAUGGAACAAUUCUGGCCGUGAGGAAUCUUCAGGGAACCCACUUCCUGUUGAUACUGUCUAUCGUAUACUCUGUCCUUCAAGAAAAAUUGGGGGUGUUAUUGGAAAGGGUGGCGGCAUAAUUAAAGGCCUAAGGGAAGAGACCCAGGCAAAGAUUACAGUUGCUGAUCCUGUUCCUGGUUCGGACGAAAGAGUUAUUAUAAUUUAUAGUUCUCCUGAAAAAAUUUCUAGGAAUCAUAAUGAUCAUGAGGAUUUGACUAUGGAGAAUGAGCAGGACAUUAUGGAGCCUUAUUGUGCUGCUCAGGAUGCUCUCUUGAAAGUUCAUGACAGGAUUGUUGAGGAGGAUCUUUUUGGUGGAAUGACAUCUGAUGAUGAUAAUGAAAACGGUUUUGUCACGGCACGACUUCUAGUUCCAAAUAACAUGGUAGGAUGUCUUCUAGGAAAACGUGGAGAUGUCAUUCAAAGAUUGCGAAGCGAGAAAGGUGCUAAUAUCCGUGUUCUUCCUGCAGAUCACCUUCCCACUUGUGCUAUGAGCACGGACGAAUUGGUUCAAAUAUCUGCAAAACCUGAUGUGGCGAAAAAGGCUCUUUAUGAAGUGUCCACUCUAUUGCAUCAAAAUCCACGAAAGGACAAACCUCCAAGUGUGCCUAUGCCUUACAGUGGCCAAAGUUUUCAUCCUCCUGGUGGUCCCAUGAAAAAUCUGCCACCACUCGGAAGUCCAAUGUGGCCUCAUCAUAACAGUUCCCACAGUAUACCUCCCAUGCCAAUAAUGGGGAGAUAUGGCAGUCAAUCCUCAGGAUUUGGGCCAGGUGGCUUUGAUGAUGUUCCUCGAGGACAUGUUGUGGAACCUUCAGCUGAGUUUUCUAUGAAAAUCUUGUGCUCUGCUGGGAAAAUUGGUGGGGUAAUUGGCAAGGGAGGCUCUAAUGUCAAAGUGGUUCAGCAGGAUACCGGAGCUAGUAUUCAUGUUGAGGAUGCUUCAGCGGAGUCAGAUGAACGUGUGAUUCGUGUAUCUGCUUCCGAGGCUCUCUGGAAUCCGAGAUCACAAACAAUUGAUGCAAUCCUUCAGCUUCAGAAUAAAACAAGUGACUUUUCUGAGAAAGGUACAAUAACGACCAGACUUCUUGUCCCCUCGAGUAAAGUUGGCUGUAUACUUGGACAAGGAGGUCAAGUUAUCAAUGAAAUGAGGAGGAGAACUCAGGCAGACAUUCGCGUUUACUCCAAGGAUGAGAAGCCUAAGUGUGCAUCUGAAGAUGAAGAGCUUGUUCAGAUAUCUGGCAAAUUUGGUGUUGCCAAAGAUGCUCUGGCAGAGAUUGCAUCAAGACUAAGAGUAAGAACUUUACGAGAUGUGAAUGCUGGAGCAGAACCUGGGCCUGUUGGACCUAUCCAGGGAUUUGGGGCUGCACGAAGCUUGCCUGGCAGAGGAUCAUCUGGUAUGAUGGGAGCUAGUAGUUCUGGUGGAUAUGAACCUCUCAGGGAUACUGAACAUGAGUAUGAAAGUCAUAGUUAUCCAGUUCCUCCAGCUGCUGUUGGUCCCAGAUAUCGAAAUGUAAACAGUGCUUUGGAUGCUAAUAUUUCAAAAAGUGGAGUCAAUUCUGUUGCAGGAGCUGGGGGGAUGUCAUAUGUUGGUGAGGUUGCUGGGACUAGGAUGAAGCUCCAAGAUCCUCUUUCUGGUGGAUAUGAAAGUUUCGUUGAAUUCCGCGGAUCUUCUGAGCGGCUGAAUGCGCCACAAGGCAUGCUUCAUCCUUUUGGGCCUUCUGCUGGACACAACAUGAAUCCACAACAAGGUCCCUAUCAAAGUAACAUGACUGUCCACCCAAGCUCCUACCAGAAUGCAAGUGCUCAACAGAGCGUCUAUCAAAAUGUAAAUUCUCAGCAAAGCCCCUAUCAGAACAUGAACAUGCAGCAAAGCCCCUACUCAGCGAAUAUUCAUCAUGGUGUCUAUGCCAGCACCAAUGCUCCGCAGGCAACAUACCACAAUAUUAGCGCUCAGCAGGGCACCUAUCAGUACUGAUUUUGAUAUGGAAAUUUUUGUACAAUAAUUAGCAGUCAGGAUUCUUAUUCUGUAACCGGUGGAUCAGCCUGCCAAUAGAACAGACUGAUUUAGAUGCAGUUUAAGCCGGUGCAUCAUUAUCUUAGGCUUUUGCAGGCAGUAGGGAACAAUUUUGGUUGUGCCAUGCUUCUGCAAUUUGUAAACAUCGUUUCGGAGUAGAGGAAUAUACAAGAUUAAUUUUUCAAAUGAUGGAUCCCCUGUUUAUUACAAACUGAAUUAGUAGAAUCUGCCUAGGAAUAGGAUGCGUUGGGACUCCCAUGUAAUUUAUUAGCUUGUUCUAAUACAGGAGAUUAUUCCUUUUU